UCUCUCUUCACCCUCAUUUCGAAUCUCAAACUCAAACUCAAACUCAGUUCCUCAUUGCAUUGAAUCUCCCACUUUAUAUACAUUCACUUGCUAGAGACAAAGAAGAAAGAAAAAGCAGUAUUGUAAAAGAGUGUGAGUGAAAAGAGAGUGAAAGUUGUAAUGGCAUCGGAUAAGGUGGUGGAGACUGUGAUAGUAGGGAAUUAUGUCGAAAUGGAGACUGAAGGCAAGCCCAAGAGUGUGAAAAACAAGCUUUCUAACUUCUUUUGGCAUGGUGGUUCCGCUUAUGAUGCCUGGUUUAGCUGCGCUUCAAACCAGGUGGCUCAAGUUCUGCUUACUUUGCCAUACUCAUUUUCUCAGCUGGGAAUGCUAUCUGGCAUACUUUUUCAGCUCUUUUACGGGUUGCUAGGUAGCUGGACAGCAUAUCUCAUUAGCGUGCUCUAUGUAGAAUACAGAACCAGAAAAGAAAGAGAAAAAGUUGAUUUCAGAAACCAUGUCAUCCAGUGGUUUGAGGUACUUGAUGGACUCCUUGGAAAACACUGGAGGAACGUGGGGUUAGCAUUUAACUGCACUUUCCUUCUGUUUGGAUCUGUCAUUCAACUCAUAGCUUGUGCAAGCAACAUAUAUUACAUAAAUGAUAAUCUGGACAAGAGAACUUGGACUUACAUCUUCGGAGCUUGUUGUGCCACCACUGUCUUUAUUCCUUCGUUUCACAACUAUAGAAUCUGGUCCUUUUUAGGCCUCGUAAUGACCACCUACACUGCUUGGUACCUCACCAUUGCCUCAUACCUCCAUGGUCAGGUUGAGGGUGUUAAGCAUUCUGGUCCAACCAAGCUGGUACUAUACUUCACAGGGGCCACAAACAUUCUCUACACAUUUGGGGGACAUGCUGUUACAGUGGAGAUCAUGCACGCAAUGUGGAAGCCUCAGAAGUUCAAGGCCAUAUACUUAUUUGCUACCCUGUAUGUGCUGACACUGACACUUCCAUCUGCCACAGCUGUGUAUUGGGCAUUUGGAGACUUGCUUCUAAACCACUCCAAUGCUUUUUCUCUGCUCCCAAAAUCACCCUUCAGAGACAUGGCUGUCAUUCUAAUGCUCAUCCACCAGUUUAUUACAUUUGGGUUUGCAUGCACACCCUUAUACUUUGUGUGGGAAAAAGCCAUAGGGAUGCAUGAGUGCAAGAGCCUAUGCAAGCGUGCAGCAGCAAGAUUGCCUGUGGUCAUCCCCAUUUGGUUCUUGGCCAUAAUCUUUCCUUUCUUUGGGCCCAUCAACUCCACCGUUGGAUCUCUUCUUGUUAGCUUCACAGUCUACAUCAUCCCUGCUCUGGCCCACAUCUUCACCUUCAAAUCAGCCUCAGCUCGUGAGAAUGCAGUGGAGCAGCCACCAAAGUUCGUAGGGAGGUGGAUUGGAACAUACACUAUCAAUGUGUUUGUGGUAGUGUGGGUCUUUGUUGUAGGGUUUGGAUUUGGAGGGUGGGCAAGUGUGACAAAUUUCGUGCACCAGAUUGACACAUUUGGGCUCUUCACAAAGUGUUUCCAAUGCCCUCCUGCAACUCUACCACCAAGUUCAGCACCUCAUCUUCUCAAUGCCACAGCACCUACUCCUCUCAACCACACUCACCUUCACCACCCCUGAAGAUUUGUUGUCCAGAACAACUUCUGCUGAGUUUCCCUCUAAAGGCUUCACAUAUGAUUAGAAUCACUAGCUACCUAAACGCUAUGAUCAUGUUAUAUCAUUGCAUGUUUGGUUUGUUAGAGACAAUAUAGGGCAGAGGAGAUAAAUGUGGAAUUUGAAUUAGACCCAGCAAGGCAGCAAUAUAUGUAUUUGGCUAAUAGCCAUUUCCAUCCAUAAAAGCAUCUUUCUCUGUCU